AUGACUCAUGAGGCCUGGGAGUGCUUUGUCAUACAAACAGAAACAGGACCGCACACUUGUGUUGCGGCAAUUUUGCCAGUCACUGUCGUGAUUCAGUGGUGGCUUGUGUACCUCUUCCGCCGAAGCAUUAAUCGGGGAAAACACGAGCACGGCGUGGCUGGCGGCGAGGCGGUGGGGACGUGUAGCCGCGGCCGCGAUCGCCCCCGCCCCCGCCCCUGCCACCCGCCGGUGACGUCUGCUGAGAGCCGCUGCCGCCAGUCGCGGGGGACAUGCGGACGCGUGCGCCACGCCAGACCUGUGCCCGCAACGCGCCCACCGCAGCAGCCCGGCGAGCCACGGCAGUGCACGCGACACCUCGCUGCACACUCUCCGCCAGGCACUCCUGCGUCGUCCUCGAGCGCCGUGCAAAAAUCGACAGUUACAUCAUCGGCAGCUUCGAUGCAUAUAUUCACACUCCUGUUGGUCUUCUGCCACGGACUGGGACACGGGGCGGCGUUUACUCAUGAGCUGGCCGGCCGCCCCCGCGGCGCGGGCGUGAUCGCGGCGCCGCCCGCCGGCUGCUGGUGCGUGCAGAGCAGCGCCUGCGCCGCCGCGGCGCGGGCCCCUGCCUCGCUGCUGAGGGCCGCCGCCUGCGCCCGCGGCGACGCCGGGCCCCACGUCUGCUGCGACGAGCUGGCGCGCCGCCUGCCCUUCACGCAGCGGCCGCCCACCGUCGAAGACAACGACAUCUCGCACGACAGCCACGCGCUCGACCUGCCGGACCUCUGGCACGCGACUGCGCCCGGUGGCCACGAAGUUUCUUUACAGGUUCCGUUCCGACAACGCGGCACCGCUUACCGGGUACCUGCUCCUGGGUCUGGAGGCAGAAGCGAGGCCACAUCACAGUCGUACGACAGACGAGUGUACCGACCGACGACUACUUCCUCCAGUCCGCCGCGCUACGACGGUCAUCACAGCUUCGAUUACGAAAGGAACCCUGGCUAUUUUCGUGGACCGGACGAGGGUUUUAUCAGAAUCUCGCCGACAGCUACGCCGACGUCACCAGUGAGAACUAUUAGUGACCCGUAUUCCUCAGGAGCGACGAAUUCUCCCUUCUCUUCCUGGAAUCUCAGUCCUACAAAACCGCAGACUCAGUAUACUAACAACCGCGGGACCACGAAAAGCCGCAAGAAUACGGCUCAGCGCGAAAGCAGCACACAAACACCCCAUUUCAAGCCUGCUCUGAAAGAAGAAUCCACGUCUUUCAGCUCUUCACGAGAAGAUGACUCCCCACAUCACGGUAUCGUCGAAUCUGAAAGACGCCACGACAUCGGCAGUAUACCACAGGGCAAGCCAGACAAUCGUGACGAAACGCCAUGGCACGCACAAACUCCCGAUUUCAAGCCUGCUCUGGAGAAAGAACACAGGCCUCUGAGCUCUCCACACGAAGGUAACCCUCCACAUCGCGGUAUCGUCGAAUCUGAACGACGCCACGAUACCAGCGCAGUGCCACAGGAGAAGCCAGCCCAUCGCGACGAACCUCCACCGCACACACAACCCCUCCCUUUCAAGCCCACUGUGAAGGAAGAACCCAGACAUUUCAGCUCUCCACAUGAAGAUAACGCGCCACAUCACAGCAUCUUCGAAUCCGACCAACGCCACGAUAUCAUCAGAGCACCACAGGAGAAGCCAGCACACCGCGAAGUAAGCGAACCUGAACCAGUACACGACACAGCAAGAGAGAAGCCACCAAAUCGUGGUCCGAACGAGUCAGACCGAUGGCGCAACACUGGCAAAGCACCGCAGGGGAGCUCACCGCAUCACGGUCUCACCGAACCUGAACCACACCAGAAUACAGACAGAGUAGCGCAGAGGAAGCCGCCGCAUCGUGAUGCUACAGACCGUGAGCGACAGCACGGCAGAGGGAGAAUACCACACGAGAAUCCACCGCCUCGUGGUCUUCACGAAUCUGAGCGACGACACGACACACGUCGAGUAUCGCAGAAUUCACGCCCAAACCCAGUACCCGACUGGCCGCACCAGAUACACGGCCCCGAGCAUCCGUUCCCUUCCAAUCCUCACCACCACCACCAUCAACACCCUGACGGUUAUCAUCCCCAUUCACUUCCAGACAUCGAACAUUCCCAGACUCUGCCAGAGGACGAGAGACGACCAAACCCUAUUCCACUUUUGCCUCCUGAGUUUCUAGAAAACGAAACAGAGUCGACGCCCUCAGAACACAGCAACGACGCAACGGCGACGACAGCGGCAACAACAACGACGUCGACGACCACAACGACCAAGAGGCCGAUGAAGGCGAUUACCACCACGACGACCACGAGCCGGCCGCCGUCUGCCUACAACGACGACGCUAUCGUCUUCCCCGAUUCCGCAGAGACUGUCAACCACGGCGGAAAGCGCUGGACGGAGGAACGCGCGGUGGAGAAACACCACCAGGCGAACAAUGGUGAUUCCAAGCAUCGCGGGGACCCGGAGAAACACCCCAACAGGUCGUUGCUGCCCAGCGAGUGCGCCACGCUGCUCGAAGACCGCAUCGUCGGCGGUAACAAAGCAGAACUCGGCUCCUUCCCCUGGAUCGCCAGGCUCGGCUACUCCGUGAAGGGGCGCAGCCGGACACUGUACCGGUGCGGCGGCGCGCUCAUCAGCAGUCGCUACGUCAUCACGGCGGCCCACUGCGUCACCACGCUGCCGUCGGACUUCCAGCUGAAGGCGGUGCGGCUGGGCGAGGUGGACGCGCGCGGCGACCCGGACUGCGACGAGGUGCAGUGCGCCGAGCCGGUGCAGGACUUCGCCGUGGCCGCCGCCGCCGUGCACCCGCAGUACAACUCGCCCAAGUUCCGCCACGACGUGGCGCUCGUCCGGCUCGACCGCGAGGCGCGCUUCUCAGCGUACGUGAUCCCGAUUUGCCUGCCGUUCGGCGAACUUGCCACCCAGAACUACACCGGGCUGAAGGUGACCGUGGCGGGGUGGGGAGCCACCGAGAAUGGUACGGGCAGUGACGAGCUGCGCUACACGCGCCUGACGGUGGCGGCCACGGACGAGUGCGGCGAGGCCUACCGCCGCACGCACAUCGCGCUCAGCGGCGAGACGCAGGUGUGCGCCGGCGGCGCGCCGGGCGUCGACUCGUGCGACGGCGACAGCGGCGGCCCGCUCACGCUGGCCCACCAGCCGGGCGCCGGCGACCCGCGCCACGUGCUGCUCGGCGUCGUCUCCUUCGGCGCGCGCCGCUGCGGCUCCGACGGCUUCCCCGGCGUCUACACGCGCGUCGGCGCCUACCUCAACUGGUUGCUCGACAACCUCCAGCCCUGAUCUCCUGCUGCGGCCUGUGCUCGUCUAGCUACGUGCUGUCCCUGUGGUUCAUCCGUGUUGCCGAUGGGACUCGGUGGCGUUAUCGAGGCCCCUCCCUUUCAUUUCUGACUGACGCUCUACCAGUCAGAAAAGAAACCACGUUCUAAUACAUCUUUCGCCAAUUCAUUUUCGCAACGAUAUUCAUUUAUUUGUUUGCCACCUCGUAUUUAUUGUCUUCUCCAGCAGAUCAAAUUCAUUAUUACGUUCUGCCCAACACAUACUACAUUUCGAGCUCCCAUCCAGACAUUUUUUAUGCUGUAGUUAAUGCAGCCCCUGAUAGGGGCAAGUUUUGUUCUCCCCCAAGGAUACAAUUUGGAAAGGCAUCGCGGAUGACUUAUUUCUUAACAUGUUCCGCUACGAAGAGUGUACAGGAUUUGCUAAGGAAUGAAGUUGAUAAACGUUCAUUAAUACAAAGUAAGCAGCGUUACGUCAGCUGCAAUUCUAACCUUCCAAAGCUCUACACCAAAAUCGUGUCUUUCAAGUGCAAUUGAAGUUACUCUUGUAUUACAAUGUUACCUGCGAGUACAAUAUGUGUAUUCAUUACGUUGUAAUGUUAUCACAGCGAAGCAUAACGUGACCAUAAGAGUGUCCAUUUUUUGGUAGAGAUUUUUUAAAAAUUUUUUGUUAGUCUGCAGCUAAUAGUAUUUCUAGAUAUAACUGUACGACAUCUACACUUUAUUGUUUAUUUAUUUCAUUGUUGUUAGUUUCGAAGGUGAAGCCCCAUUACCAUGCACUCCUUUAUCAAAGAUAGAUAAAUCGUGAAUUCCAGUUGUCAUAAAAGUCGUCUGUCAUUAGGUCAUGAAAAAAUCCAUAUAUGGCUAGCAUAAACAGAAUCAAGACGUAUAUCCUGCUGUUGUUGUGGUCUUCAGUCCUGAGACUGCUUUGAUGCAGCUCUCCAUGCUACCCUAUCCUGUGCAAGCUUCUUCAUCUCUCAGUUCUUAACUGCAACCUACAUCCUACGUAUAUCCUAUUAUGUGAAAAAUCGGGGCACAAUGAGAUUUCACUCUGCAGCGGAAUCAUCUUCGCCGAUUUGAAUAUUCCUAACAGAUUUUAACAGUAUGCCCCGUCAGGACUGUAACAUGGGACUUACGCCUUUCGCGGCAACGAAUCUACCGUUUGAGCUAUUUUAUUAAACUAAACUCUUUUAUUGUCCUGAAAUACAAGGUAUUACAACUUUUUUUACAAAUGUGUCUACGUAGCUUAAUCACUGACAAUAAUCCCUCAAAUUAUUUUCGUUAAACACGGAAUUAAUAAUAAUAACUAUAAUAAUAAUAACAAUAAUAUAAGACAGCUAUUGAAGCACAACUCACGAUCCGCCUUGGAACCUCACUUCUGCUUGCAUCUCUUAUCUUACCUUCACAUAAGCCCAGAAGUCUGGAAGGUAGGAAUGUAAGUAUUGGGGAAAUUGAAGCUGUGAGGACGGGUCGUGAUGUUUGCUCGUAUAACUCAGUCGGUAGUGUACAUGCCUGGCGAAAGUCAAAGGUGCCAAAUUCGAGUCUCGGUCCAGCAAGCGGUUUUAAUCAGCCACAGAGUUUGAAAACUGCUGCUUAGAUUUAAUAAUUAUUUGUCAAAAUAAUAAAUGUCAAGAAAUAUACCGUAAAAUGGACAACUACGUACAGAAAGUUGGGCUGAAAGUGAAUCAAGACAAAAUUGAAUUCGUGCGCUUAGGAAGAAGACAAGAGCAGCAAUAAUUUCUUGAGAUAAAUUAAACGAGGUUCAAGAAAGUUCAUCAGCUGAUACAGAGGAAACUUGGUUUACCAGUGACAAUCACAGGAAUGGACAUUAAGCAAAGAACAGCAGUGGAAAUCAAAUGCAUGUAUUCCCCCAGGGAGACACGCAGCUCAAAAUCAAUAUCUGCGAAUACUAAAAUGAGAAUAUAUAACACUGUGAUAUUCCCAGAUGCCAUGUAUGGCUCAGAAACCUGCAGCGUAACUAAAUGACAAAAGGAAAAACUAAUAAUCUUUGAAAGAAGAGUAAUGAGAAAGACUUGGGGACCCAUCUUAGGUAAAGAGUUAUGGAGGCCGAGGAAGAGUGAACAAAUCUACUUCUUGAUGCUACAAGUAACAAUCCUACAGAAGCUGAAGAGCAAAAGAAUACAGCGAACGCGCCAUGUAGCCCAUAAGCCAGAAGAAAUACACGUGAAGAAAGCAACUCCACACGUCCCAUAGGACAACCAAGAUAGCGGUUGAUGGACGACGUGACGAAGAUCUGGCAGUCCUGGGGAUUGAAGACAUCUGGAGUAGCCAUGCACGAAGCAGAAAGGAAUGGAGACAGUUUGUGGAAGCAGCGUGUGAUCUGCAGAGCCUGAGAUCGCUGGGUACUUAUGUACGUAUUUUUCAAAACUUUGUUUUUGUCCACCAGCUGAGACUCACCCUUCAUGAACCUUUUAUACAGGAGCACCUGAUAAUGGGCCUUCGGUCUUGGAACUGUUUAUGACUUAAUAUAUAAAGUGAAGCUGUUGAACAUUUAUUUCUGGAAAUAACCCCAGCUUUUCAAAAAGUAAAGGCAAUUCACCGCUUGGUUACUUGACAAAUAACAUGUAUUCUUUUUAAUAACUUACAUUGUUAAUCAAGAAUGAACUCUUCAUUCCGCAGUGCAGUGUGUGCGCUCUCCACCACACAGUGAAGAUUCACUCUAAAAACAGCUCCUGGGCUGCAGCUAAGCUAUUUUUCCUCCGUGUACUUCCUUCCAUGAGUGUUGGUCCAGCAAAGUUUGCAGGAGAACAAUUUUGAUGUUCAGAAAGUAGGAGAGCAUUACUGGGAGGGUGUAGCGAAAGGCAUGGUUUCUGGGUCGUGUUCGGUUUUGCUACAGAGUUCUAAUCUGUCAUGUAGUUUUAAUACAUUUUUAAUAUGUUUGGCCCAUUUCCUCAGUUUACAUACAAGAUACACAGCAUUAAUAACAUAUCUUUCAGCAUAAUCUAUUACGACAUAGUCUUUCUACUGUCGCUGGUAGCUUUCCAGUUUCGUCCAGAGAAAAUAAAAUAUCUUGGUCCUGACUUUGAUCAGUUUAUCUGAUAAAAUUUGCACUGUAAUUUGAAUUUUCGCUGCUGUGGCUUUUUCAGAUUCAUCGACAAAAUUAAACUGUACUUUGACUUUUGAAAUAAAAAUACACAGUUUAACAUUACCAAAAUUUUAUAAUUUUCUGUUUGUGAAAUAUCAUAAACCAUUGGGUCUUUUACGUCGAUAACAAUUUACAUACUCGAGCUUUUCGUCAGUUGUUUGAACUGACCUCGUCGUCGAGAGGAGGUUAAACCCCAAUCUUCCUCCCUCUCUUUUCUUCAAGCAACGUGCCCACAUGUCAUCAUUAACAACUGGUCGUUACUUCAGGCAUUUGCCUUCUUCCCCCAUGAUCCAUGGCACGCGAACAGUUUAGAUGUCACAGAUUACAUCUUCUUUUUCUGACAUUCAGCUUAAAUGAACAUUAUUUUUUUAGUCUGUUAGAGAAACUGGCAUCUUCUUCCACUUCCUUCAUAAACUGAUAAAUUUAUAAUUGCCGGUAAACAAUCUGAUUGUGAGUGCAUCUCACUUUCCAAAGACUACUGUUCUUUUUCACAUCAGUACUUCAAGUUGAAUAUUUCCAAGUAAAUCACUCUCUGUCAGUCAUUGAACGUGAGUGACAACUCACAAUUUUAGUUCAUCAACGGACCAUCUCACGAAAAUAUGUAUGGCUGGACCCCUUGCUUCAUUGUAACGCUAUACUUGGACGAACAAACACUUUUACUCAUCCCAACAACGUGCUUCCGUUAUAAAAACAGUUCAGUACUGAUGCAAUUGUAAACAGAGUAUCCUUACUUACAGGACAAACGUCGGAAGGCAAAUUUGAUUAAACUGUCAAAGAGCUUACCAUGUUCUGUAAGACCAUGCUCUUGAUUGUAUAAGAAGUAGUUUCUAGUAUGGUUGUUAACUGACAGAAUUGCCUUUACGUUUUGAAUGCAUAUUAUCAUUAGAAAAAAAAGACUAGAGUUCUCUCUUUCGCAGUCCAAUCCCAGUUAAGACUGUGAAUGCAUAGAAUACUUAAAGACUGAAACAUUAAAGAGUCUGACAGCUUUAGACAUUGUAGUGGGAAAUAUAGACUUAGCUACUGAUAUGAUACUACUUGUCUGAAUUUAAUUUAUUCUAUUAUCAUCUGUAUUUAUAGAAAUGCCUUAUAAGCGUAUUUUAUCUGUGCAUAUUUAUAGUUUAGCUAAACUGGCGCAUGAUGCGGUACUGGACCUAUUCAUGAUCAUGAGGACAGACAUUUACCGAGUUCUUUCUUUUCAUUGUACACAGAAACUCUGUUUGUAUCCCUGUGGCUGAUGUUUAUUUAGACUGAACAAUAUCGCCGAUACAAUAGCAGAGAAUGGAAAAAAUGUUGCUUUCGAAAAGGUUUUCUCUGUCCUAGAGUUGGUGAAUAACCCUACUGUCACUGCCACCUUCCAAGAGUCGCUGACUGAAUACCUCACUUUUCGUGCAUGGUUGACAGCUGCAGCUGAAGUAUUGCUUGAUUGUGGGACAUUUUUAGCGACUAAACAUCUUCUAAAAUUGUACAACAAGUUGUAUAACACACUUAAUUUUUUUGUAUAAUUUUGAAAGAGAUUUUUGUACAAAGAGCAGCUACUGUAAGAAAAACUUUGUUGAAUAAACUUGUAAUAUUUUAUCAUAA